AUGCCAUCGCAAUCAAAUGAAGUUGAGGCUGCAAGCCAGGAGCCGGCCUCACCAAAUGACAUUUCAACAGAUACCGAGCCUCUGUUUCUCACUCCAUACAUUGAUAACUGUUCUUACUACGAAGCAAGAGAGAAGAGCAAAAUACAGUAUUCUCAGCAGUUUGGAGUCACUGCUUACUCUGGUUACAUCACUGUGAACGAAACUGCUAAAAGCAAUCUCUUCUUUCUUCUGACUGAAGUAGAGGGCAACUCAUCUUCUGCACCACUCUUACUAUGGACUCAAGGAGGCCCGGGUUUGUCAGCACUAUUUGGUCUGUUUCUCGAGAACGGUCCCUUGGAUUUUAUUGGUCUGUACUCAAACGGAACACCAGAAAUACACCGGAGAAUUAAUACCUUACAAAAGAACAUGAGCGUCCUCUACCUGGAUCUCCCGGUGGGGGCUGGCUUCAGCUUCACAGAAGACCAACUAAACGGGUACCCAACGAAACUCGAGGACAUAGUGGUACACGUCAAGGAAUUUUUGAGGCAAUUUAUGCAAGUAUUCUCUGAAUAUGAAAAUCGGGACUUCUAUCUUGCCGGAGAGUCAUACGGAGCAAGAUAUUCCGUCGCUGUUGCUUACUAUUGGUAUCUGAUGAACUUGACGGAGUCAAAACUAAACCUCAAGGGGGUAAUUGGAGGCAAUGGAUUCCUCGGCCCAGUAUUUGAUGUAGCCGACUCCAGCGACUUCCUCUACGAAAUGUCGAUGCUUGACUUGGAAGGGAGAACAACAUUUAAAACACAGUUUCAGACGAUAAAAUCUCUGGCAGUAUCUCAAAAUGCGACCCUUCAAAUGUUCGCACUGAAGAUGCUUUUCGACACUAUAUUUACAAACGAUAAGUCGCCUACGCUGUUUCAGAAUCUCACCUUAUAUGGUGAUCACGCUAGCCCCAUGUACACCCAAAGGCCAGUUCGAAUGUUAUACUGCUUUGUAUUUUUAAAUGAUAGCGCCACCAAAGUAGUGAUACAUGCUGGGGCGAACACCACUUUUCAAAUCAACAAUGAAAUUAUGCUACGCAGCUUUGCUAGCGACUGGUUGAGAGAUAUUAGCAGCUUCAACGAACAUGUGCUAAACCAGUCUAGAGUUCUGUUUUACACCGGACAAAUGGACGCCCUUUUUCCAUCGGUAAAUCAACGAGAUUACUACCGAAGGUUGAACUGGACGUCUGCACAUGUCUACAGAAAUGCCACUCGUUACGCUUGGAAGCCGCACAACUACUACUACGGCUUUGCUGGCUAUGUUGUGACAGUGCGUGACUUCACAGAAGCUGUUAUAUUAGGCAUGAGUCACUACGGUGCCGCAGAGAAACCUGAUGAAGCGUACUACUUGAUAACUGAAUUUAUUGCCAACUCAUCGAAACCUGAAAGUGUUCCAGCAACAGAUUCAAACAGCAUCAAAUAGGAGACAGCAAAAUAGCCAGAGGGCAAUGUGAUCCAGAUGUUGCCCGGCAUCACACAGAAUCAAUGAGUAUUGUGGUUCAAUAAAAUUUUGCUGAAGUCUUUUCUUAGU